AUGCAGCUUUCGGCGGAUCCACCGCCGGCGUCCGGCGCCCCGCCUGAUGGCGAACCAACAAGGAACUUCAAAAGGUUUAGGGCAACUAAGAGAUCCUUUGCCGAUGCGGUAACGGAGGUAGCCAGAACCGGUGAUGAUAUGAUGAUGGAAGCUGACAAAGAGGAUUGGCUGAGUGAAGAGGUACUGGCUGCUUUGGAUGAAGAAGUCGUUCCUCCGACGAAUCCGUUGGGCCUUCCGGUGGUCACGUUCUCUAAGGAACUUCGCAAAGAGAUUGUUCAGCCAUGGAGAAAUGCUCUAACGCUAAAAUUCCUGGGUAAGCGCAUCACUUUCAAUGUUCUGCUGAAUCGCCUCUCCAAACUGUGGAAUACAGAGGGUAGGUUCCAGUUGAUUGAUCUGGGUUUCAAUUGGUACGUAGUCCGGUUCGAUCGGCCGAAGGAUUGCUUGAAUGUCCUCGUCGAUGGUCCUUACAAGGUUCUCAAUCAUUAUGUCGUGCCACAGCGUUGGACGCCAAGGUUCAAGCCGGCGAAGGCGACUAUCGAGAAAAUGACGGUAUGGGUUAGGUUGCCGGAGCUUCCGGUGGAACUCUUUCGUGAUGAUACUAUCCGACAGAUAUUGAAGCAAGUUGGAACCCCGAUCAAACUGGAUAAAUCGACUUCUGGAAUGGAGAAGGGGCGCUUUGCUCGCGCCGCUGUGGAGAUUGACCUCAAGAAGCCCCUUGCGUCGUUGAUAAUUGUCGGGGAUUGGAUCCAGUAG